GUUGUUUGUGAUGGUCACAUGAUCUAUGUGACAAAAUGUCGUCGGAACGGUUUGAGUCACUUGAGGAUGAUGUGAAUAACAUCAUAGACAACCUCAAAGAAAUUGAAAGGAAAGCUGUUUCUCUUUCAGGAGAGGACAGAAAAAAUGCCAUCAGAAAAGCUGAGAGAAAGCUUGAGGAGGCAAAUGUUAUUGUUCAAGAACUUGAGUCAGAAGCAAAGUUGGCCCCCGUGAACUAUCGCACACAAUUCUUAGGUCGAAUUCGACAUUAUCGAAAUGACAUUGACCAGCUUGCAAGAAAUCUGAAACGAGGCCCUCCUUCAGGUGCUAGUGGCUCAGACAAUUAUGGUUUCGACAGAGAGGAGAGACUGGAUUCUGCCAACCGGGCAAAGCUGCUACAGGGCCACCAGUCAUUACAAAGGACCUCGGACAGCAUUGCCAGGUCACAUCAGAUUGCAGCUGAGACUGACCAGAUUGGGGUGGAAAUUAUCGAUGAACUGGGAGAGCAAAGAGAGACUUUGAUACGAACUCGAGAACGGCUAGUAGAAACUGAUGCAAAUCUAGGGCAAAGUAGAAAAAUCCUGAAAUCUAUGGCAAGAAGGGUGAUGACCAACAAACUAAUCCUGGCUGUCAUUAUCCUCAUGGAGCUGGCUAUUUUAGGAGGACUCACCUACUGGAAAUUCUUCUCCUAAUGACGCAAAAUGGAAGUUAUGUUCCCGUAGGUUGUAAUAAAUACUCCCCGCUCUAUAUUUAUGUGCUGGAAGGACUCGACGGCAGUCGUUGUGAGUCUUCCGUACCAGAUGUACAUGCUUUCGAAUAACGUCCGAGUUAUUGUAAAAUACUGAAUUAAAUGUUUGUGCCUUGAAAGAAAGAUUCUAUGUGAUUUUGGCGAAGCCAAAUGCUAAUUGUUGGUGCUUGCUGCAGAUAAGCCAGGGUUGUUGCUUAGGCUCUUCUUUCUGUUUUCAGAUAUUUCUAUUUCUUGUCUUAGUUUGUGUAUUAUAGGGUGUUUUUUGAGAGUGUCCAAGAACAGAAACCGCUGGCGAACUUAAAAUGCUGGUGUCCAUUUCAAAUUUUGCUUUUCAAGAAGUGUGUGGGAUUGAAUUUCCAUUCACUGUGUGGUAUAAAGCAUACCGAUAGUAAUGGGUCAUGGCAGACUUUCAGUGUGGUAUAAACCAUACUGAUUGUAAUUGAUCAUGUAAGCCUUUCAAUGUGUGGUGUAAGGCACACUAAUACUAAUAGCAAUGGGUUCUUGUCAGCCUUUUUAGUGUGUGGUAUAAACCAUACUGAUAGUAAUGGGUCAUGUAAGUCUUUCAGUGUGUGGUAUAAAGCACAUUGAUUGUAAUGAGUCAUGUAAGCUUUUCAGUGUGUGCUAUAUAAACCAUACUGACAGUGAUAGCAAUGGGUCAUGUAAGUCUUUCAGUGUGGUAUAUAUAAACUUCACUGAUGCAAUGGGUCAUGCAAGCCUUUCAGUGUGUGGUAUAGACCAUACUGAUAGUGAUAGCAAUGGGUCAUGUGAGCCCUUCAGUGUGUUGUAUAUAUAAACUUCACUGAUAGCAAUGAGUCAUGUACACAUGUGGGAAAUGGUGGAAGUGAUGAUGUCCACACUCCAGUGAGCCCAGCUCUCUCUUGUUGAUUUUGAUGACAAAGUUUGUUCUCCUGUCUUCGAGUUCGUCUGCUUUGUAAGUAUUAGGGACCACAAAAAGUGUAAUAAAUUCCAAGCAAACUCUUUUUAUAGGCUAUGCGGAGUCGACGGGCGCAUCCUUGAUAGAUGCGCUGAAUUCUUGCUUAUGCCUUCCUGCAGUGCUCAGUCGUUCUAGAAAUUUUUUUUUUUUAAAGUGUGUGGAGAGAUAGAGAGAGCAUGAGAGUCAAAACACACAUCACAUAUUGUGAAGUGACCAUAAUCGACACACUUCUUUGAGUAUGAUUGUUUUUUUCAGAAGAAUUAUGUCACCGUCAAGCUGUUCAAUUAUCUUAAGCCCAGAAAGCAAAGUUUUUCAGGAGAGAGAGAAAAACUUUCAUUCUUUUAUAAUAAAUUGUACCCAAAUUAUGUAUCUUUUCUUGUUUUGUUUUUUUCUUUCAACAUUUAGAAUUUGAAUUCAGAAAAAAAUAUUUCUGGAGCUCGUGCAACUGAUACCAGUUUAAGAAUCAAUUUUUAAAAAUAUCUGAACAGCUGGCCGAUGAUACGAUGUUUGAAACGUGUGAAGAGAAUAUCUGAACUCGUACGUGCAUUUAUGGGUGGAGACUGGGGUGUGUAUAGAUGAAAGUUUGCAAAGUGUAAAAUACAUUUAUUGUACAUUUUCUCUUAAUAAUGUAUACAUGAAUCACAUUUUGUAAAUUCUUCAGACAUAAAUAUUUUUAUUUGUUAUUAAAAUGUCCAAAAAAAGAAAAAAAAA